UGUUAUCGAUAGCGCCAUCAAUUGUUCGGUUUGUCAGCUCUAUCGGGUGGCGAAAAAAAAAACGGAUUUUCGGAAUAUCGCGGAAAAUCAACGCGAAAAAAGCAGAUCGCAGCGCCCCAAGUCGAGCUCACUUUGCUAAUUUAAUCAACGCAGGCUCCACAAAUGCAGGGACACAGGCGCGCUGCCUCCACGAGACGUCGCCAGCGGUAGACGCGAGAAUUAAGUAGUUUCUGCCAGGUGAAGCGAGGCGUGGAGAAGAGGCAAGAAAAAGGCAUACAUACAUACACACGUACGCACGUACAAACGCGUCGACGUCGCCGCUGCGAAGGAAUAUAUGUAUCCGGACGUGCGUGUGUGUGCGUCCACAAAUCCACAUACACAGACGUGUGGUGGCUGCAGCUUCUAGCAGGAGAGCCAGGAGAGAGGUAAAGAGCGAGCGAAGAGAGCUAUGGACGACGGCGUUUUGAUGUUUUGGGAACAAAGGCGUUAAAAUGAUUUGCCACCGCACCGGAGUCGCCAGCAACAACAACGUUAGCAGCAGCCGGGACGACUCCAAGCCCACCAGCACGCGCUCCAGCAUCAGCUACGGCCCACUGUGAUAUAUUUUGGAUACGAAGCCAAAGCUAAACCAUCCAAUCCAAUCCAGCAACAACAUUAAACAAGCCCGUGUACGUGCCGUUUGUUGUGAGUGUGUUGGUGUGUGUAUGUCUCAACAAAAAGCUGAAAAAGACGCACGCACACAGACGAAGUGGACAAAGCAUCAUACAUUGGAGCGACAGAGAGAGAUAGGAGAGGAGUGGGGAGCCGAGAAGCAGCAGCCAGUAGCGCCUUAGUGAAUAAUUCAUUUAAGACUGUCCUGCAGAAUGGUCGUCGGCUCGAAUCACACGCGUCGCGGUGAAACUGGCAGCAGAUUUACAAGCAACAACAACAAUAGCAGCAGCUCCAGCGGCUCCACAGCAGCCUCCUCGGCCAGCAGCAGUAUAACCACCAGCGCAACGUCUUCACUAGCCAACAACCCCAGCCCCAAUCCCAAUACAAAUCCCACGGCGACGGCGGCGUCAGCGGCAGCGGCAGCUCUGUUGUCGUCAAUGUCCCACAAAGGUCAUGUUCCGCCACCACCAGCAGCACCACCAUCCGCGCAGCAGCAGCAGCAGCAGCAUCAACAGCAACCGCCGCCGCCGCAUUCGAAUCCGCACCAGCAGCAGCAUCCCCAUCAUGCCCACUAUCAGCAGACGCAUCACCAUCAUCACUCGAAUGGAGGAACCGCUGGAUCGGCUACAGGUUCGGGAGGAUCAUCAUCAUCAUCAUCAGCAGGUGUUCUUAAUGGCUGCCAUAGCAACGGCAGCGCCGUCAGUCGUCUGUCCCAAUCCACCGGAAUGUCGCCGCGCGAACUAUCCGAGAACGAUGAUCUGGCCACAUCGCUGAUCCUUGAUCCGCAUCUUGGUUUCCAAACCCACAAGAUGAACAUACGCUUCCGGCCGCUUAAAGUGGAUACGCAGCAGUUAAAAGCCAUUGUUGAUGAUUUUAUACACACGCAGAACUAUGAUGUGGCCAUACAGCGGAUCUACGAUGGCCCCUGGAUACCGCGCCACCUCAAGAAUAAGAACAAGAUAGCCACCAAGCGGUUGCACGAUCAUAUCGUUCGUUAUCUGCGGGUCUUUGACAAGGACAGCGGCUUUGCGAUUGAGGCCUGCUAUCGUUACUCGCUGGAGGAGCAGCGCGGCGCCAAGAUAAGCUCAACGAAGCGCUGGUCAAAGAAUGACAAAAUCGAAUGCCUAGUGGGCUGCAUCGCUGAGCUGACCGAAUCCGAGGAAGCGGCUUUAUUGCAUUCGGGCAAGAAUGAUUUCUCGGUGAUGUAUAGCUGCCGAAAGAACUGUGCCCAGCUGUGGCUAGGACCGGCUGCCUACAUCAAUCAUGAUUGUCGUGCCAAUUGCAAAUUUUUGGCCACCGGACGUGACACUGCCUGCGUUAAAGUGCUGCGCGACAUUGAGGUGGGCGAGGAGAUAACCUGCUUCUAUGGCGAGGACUUUUUUGGUGAUUCAAAUCGUUACUGUGAGUGCGAGACAUGCGAGCGACGGCAUAUGGGUGCCUUUGCCGGCAAGGAGGAUGGCCUAAUGCUUGGUCUUAGCUCGGGCCUAGGAUUGGGUCUCGGUUUGGGCACCGGUGGUGCCGGCAAUGGCGGUGGCUAUCGUCUCCGUGAAACGGAUAAUCGUAUUAAUCGCAUCAAGAGCCGUGCCAAUUCCACCAAUAGCACCUCGAACAGUAAUAGCAACACGAAUGAUUCCACUGGCACCAGCGAGAGUAGCAGCAGCACCACGAAUGGUGGUGGUGGAGGAGGAGCAACUGCAGCAGCCGCAGCAGCGGCGGCACCUGCUUUACCUCCAGUUACUGGCUCCGCUUUAACGUUACCAUCUCAUCAAGGCAAGGAGGCCACUGCCGCCGUCUCUCUUCUAGAGAAAAAGUUGCCAACGAAUGUGGUUGUCUCCCCGCUGACAAUGAAGGAGCUGCGCCAAAAAGGCAUGACCAAGUAUGAUGCCGAAAUGAUAAUGGCCAAUGCUGCGUAUCAGCAGCAGCAUCAUCAUCACCAGCAUCAUUUCCACCACCACCAUCAUCAUCAUCAUCACCACCAUCAGCAGCACAAUCAUGGCCAGCAUGCUAGCACCGGGGCCGAGGCCACGGCAGCCGUGCAGCAGAUGGCCAUGCAAAAGCCAGGAGGAACGGGAGGCGGCGGUACAGGAACAGGAGCAACCACAACAGCAACAGCAGGCGUGGCCAGCGGAGCAGGCUCCGAAGUGAAUGGCAGCAACAGCGGUCGCUCCAGCAGCCUGCGCAAAUCGAUGCGUGUGAAUAGCACCAGCAGCAGCAUUUCCACAGCCUCCACCGAUGAGGUGGUGGUGGUGCCGCCUCCCGUUACGAGCACAUCACUGAUGGUCCUGGUGCCACGUUGCAAGCCCGCGGAAAUUGCAGCUUUGCUCAAGAUGCGACAGCAACGCCAGCUGAGACGCAGCGAGCGGCAGAAGGAGAAGCAAACGGAUAGCGAGAGCAGCGAUGCCAGCGAGCAGCAGCACCAAAAAAAGAAGCGAGAAAGGGAGCGGGAGCAGCAGCAGCGCAAAAUGUUUAUACUUUCGGAGGAGGAGCAACAGCAGCCGCAGCAGCAGCAGCAGGAGAAGCGUGUGACGCGUAACAGUGCGGGAAGAGCGAGUGCUGCUGGAGGAGGAGGAUUGGGAGCCAGAUUAGCCACUGCCCAAAACAAUAACAUGGCAACCAACAGCAGCAGCAGCAACAACAAAGCAACGAUUACAAAUUGUAAUAAUCAUAAUAGUACUAAUAGCAGUAGAAUUAACCAUAAUUCUAAUCUUAGCGGUAGACUUAGUGUUAAAUCAAAGAAGCCAGCACCAAGUGAGGCCUCGUCCACAUCCUCAACCUCAGCCACAUCCUCAGAGCAGCAACAGCAACAGCAGCAGCAGCAGGCAACGCGUCGCAGUCGCAGCCACAGUCCCGCCUAUAAAAAGAACCUUUUGGCCAGCUUCGAUCCUCCCAAGGAGCAACAGCAGCAGCAGCAGGAAGGAGCCAUACCCCUCGUCAAGCAGAAGCGCAGUCGCCGGGCGGCCGCUUUGGCAGCAGCCCAAAGUAUACACUGUGAUGCCUUGGGAACAACAGCGGCGGCGGCGGGCGGCGAUCGUGGAGCCUCUAAUAGCCAACGAAAGAGAUCUAAUGCUGGAGAAGCUGCUCCCCUUGCCACUGCCAACUUGGAACCCCUGCUAAAGACGCCGGAGCGCAGGCUAAAGCUUACCUUGCGCAUGAAGCGUUCGCCCAUUCUGGACGAAGUUAUUGAGUUGGGAACGAGUUUGAGCAACGAUCAUCGUCACUCGAUGCGGCACAAUGGCAGCGUCUUGGGCCGCAGUGGGGCAACAGCAGCAGCAGCGAGUGGAGGUGGAGGAGGAGGAGCAGGUCUGCAAGGAGGAGCUGGAGCAGAAGGAACUGCUGCAGGCAGAGCAUCAACGGAUGGUGGAGGAGCAUUGAAUCUAACCAGCAGCAGUAGCUCCAAUGGCAUUGAGUAUGAGAUAUUGCGGAUGGAGGGCAUCUCGGAGCAUGGCAACGAUGAUGACGAGGAGGAAGAAGAUACAGAGGAGGAGGAGGAGGAAGAAGAUACAGAGGAGGAGCAAGAAGAUGAAGAGGAGGAGGAGCAGGAGCAGAGUCAAGUAGAGGAACAAAAAAAAGCACCUGAAGAGGAAGAACCAGAGCCGCCACACUACGAGCCGCUGGCCAAAAAGCAAAGAAAAAAACAGCGCAGUAGGAGCAGGAGCUGCCAGCGGAGAUCGCCGGCUCCCAGCAACAGUGUUGUGUACGGCACACCGCAAAAGAAGCGACUCCGCUUGAUCUUUGGCAACGAGUCCCACACCAUAGACAUUCCACCAGCAGCAGUAGUAACACCACCAGCAGCAGCAGCUGGAUCAGAGGGCACCGUUGAUGAGCUCAAUAGCAGUGGCGGCGGCGAUGAUGAGUCCUUCAAUGCCUCUUAUGCCAGCAGCACCAGCCUGACGGUUAAUACCUCCUCGCAGACAACCAGCAGCAACAGUGCCGCCAGCACCAGCACCAACACAUCUUCUGUAGAGGCCGUGGAUUCGUCCAGUGUUGUUCCAGCCAAUGCCACCGCUGCCCAAUCGCCAUCCUCCACCACCACCAGCUCCUUUCAAUCGGCCUGCACGUCGACCACCAACAGCAAUAGCUACUUUCCCAACGGGAGCAAGCAGCAGCAGCGCGAGGAGUCCUAUGCGUUGCACUAUUACCAGUUGGGCAAGUUUGCCAGCACCUCGAGUCCCGGCCAGGGACAGGCCAUAGUUAGCAGUAGCAGUGGUUCAGGAGCAGGAACAGCAGCCACAGGAGCUGGAGGAUUCCUGAGCAUGCCCAAGCAUACAUUUGGCACUUGUGCCCUGUUGGCGCCCACUAGCUUUGCUAGCCUCCAGCAGCAGCAGCCGGCGGCACAGCAACAGAUAAAGUCCAGCGGAGGAGUAGGAGGAGGUGUGGUGGUGGCCACUUCAACAUCCACAACUCAUCUUAACAACAAUCAUCAUCAUGGCCAGAAAUAACCAACGACUGAUCUCCAAGCAAAUUGACUAAGCUCAAGGAAGGAGGAGGAGGAAGAGGAGGAGGAGGAGUGGAAGAGGAGCAGCAGCAGGAGCAGGAAGAGGAGCAGCAGGAGCAGGAAGAGAAGCAGGUGAAGAGCAACACAACAAGGGAGAUGGAGAAGGAAAAGAAGGCCAAGGAGGAGGAGCCUUGUUGCACUGCUGGCGUGUUGCGUUGCCUCUGCUGCUGACCUGUAGCUACCAUCCCCCCCCCUAGACUAAGCCCCCUAGACCUUAGCCUUAGCACACACACACAAGAACAUAUAUAUUAGCUAUAGAUCCCCUAUAUAAACCCCUUGAGGAAGGCAAGCAGAAGAGCAGGAAAGCAGGAUAUAUAUGCCACAUUUUGGAUAUAUUUUUAUAUAUAUCUGAUGAUAACCUUUCUUUCUUUCUUUGCUUUCUUCUAUUUUCUCUCUCAUUGUGUGUUGUCUAUGUUGUGUGUGUGUGUGUGUGUGUGUGUGUGUGUGUGCGUGUUUGUGUGUGUGUGUGUGCUUUUCUUUUUGCAGAUAAAGUUGGAGAAGAUUUAAAGCAUAAAAGUAGCAACAGCAGCAGCAACCGAAGGAAGCGGAAAAGGAGCCACCACAGCAGCGGCAACUUGAUAGUUAAAAAGCUAAGAAUAGAAUUAAAUCGCAUACAAAUCAUGUACUGUUGAGACAGAGGGAGACACAACGGUGGAGCAGGAGGAGGAGCCAUUCAACCAUAAUUUAAAUAAUAAAAUAAAGUAAAUAAACAAAUAAUAAAAAACAAAAAUAAAUAAAAGCCAUGCAAGAGAAAAACACAAAAACAAAUGCAAUUAGCAGCGGUUUUAGACGCCUUACCAACCUUAAUGUUAACUUUAUAAACCUUAUAUAUAUAUAUAUAUAUAUAAAUAUAUAUAUAUUUACAAAAAAAUACAGAUCGAUAUAUAUAUAUGAAGGAUAUACUUUAGAAAGUCCCACAAGAGCCAACCAUAUAGCGCAGCAACCAGCAAAACCAGAAACAACAACAACAGCAAUAUAUAAAAUCAACAACUCAAUUUUAAGUAAUUAUAUAAACACAACAAAAUAUAUAUAAAUAAAUGCAGAGGGAAGAAAGCUAAAAACACAAUAAACCCGAAAAUAUAAUUGUAUAUACAAAAAAAGGCGAAAAAGAAUUACAACAAGUUGAGAGAGAAAUAAUAAUAAAAAGCAAAUACAACUAAUGAUGGGAAAUAUAUUCUGAAAAGGGAAAGAAAAAAGAGAAAGAAAGAAAAGGAAAAGUCGAAAGGAUUCAUAGGGGGUCUAUCAUCAUCUAUCCAUUCAUCCUGCUCACACACACACACACACCCAUCACGAUAAAUAUAUCAUGAAUACGAUUUUGUUUUUAUUACGAUAUAUAAAUUUCUUUUUUUUUUUUUAAUUAUGAUUUAUUUUUAGUUUAUUUUUUUGUGUUUACCAUCUAAGUUUUAAUUGUAAAUUAGUUUAGUUGUAUAAUUAUACAUAAAUCAUAUUCGGA